AUGCGGGCGCUUGGCAUGACGAAAGAGGCUGGCGUGGUCGCGCUGCUUCGGGAAUGGUGUCAGAUCCAGUGGGGCUUGUGGGGGGCGACGGACCAUGGAUACGGGUGGGUCCCUGGAACCGGGGCAGGGGGUCUAUCCGGACUAGAAGAACCUUCCACUGUCGGUGUCUGUUGCCUUUUGCUGUUCGCUGCUCUUCCGACGGGAUCCACUGAUCGCCCGCCUGGCGCUAUCUCGGUGGCAGCAUCGCUCGUAUUGCUGGAGAGGGUCCAUACCGAGGUAGCAUCCGUGAAUCGUGAUCCCAUGGACGAUCAGCAGCUCUUGCGCUGUUCCCCUUGCGUGGGCGACAGGCGACAUGGGGCAGCAGAGUGGUGGAUCGUCGACGCACAUCCCUGGACCAGGUUGACCGGGUUGGCCUCUCCACUAUCCAACAUCCCCGUGACACUGGACACUUUCUCCGCUGUGGUUGAUGUACCAGUGUGCAUUUAUAUAUCAUAUACGUAA